UUGUAACUAUUUAACAUAAUGGAUCUAAAUACAUCAUCAUCGUCAUCAUCAUCAUCAUCAUCAUCAGAUGAUGAUGAUGAUGAACAUAUUUUUGAAAUUGUUGUGAAUCUUCCGAGACCACGAACAUUCCGUAAUCGUUUCAAUCCUCUUGAAAAUUACGAUGAUUUGGAUUUCAAAACAAGAUUUAGAUUGACAAAGAACACAUUUAUGGUGUUGCUUAAUGCAGUUGGUCAUGAUUUAAAACAUUGUACAAGUAAAAAUUAUGCAAUCAUACCUGAAAUUCAACUUUUAAUAGCAUUAAGGUAUUAUGCUACUGGAGCAUUUCAAGUGGUUCUAGGCGAUCAUAUACAAGUCCACAAGUCUACUGUAUGCAGAAUUGUAAAACGUGUUUCAAAACGUUUAGCUUGUCUUCGUCCGCUGUUUAUUAGUAUGCCUAAGAACCAAAAUGAAAAACAAGAAGUACAGAUUGGAUUCUACCAAAUGCAUAAUUUUCCCAGAGUUAUUGGUGCUAUUGAUUGUACCCAUAUCAGAAUACAGUCCCCAAAUAGUGAUAUAGGCGAACAAUUCAGAAAUCGAAAAGGCUACUUUUCAUUUAAUGUACAAGCUGUGUGUAACAGCAAAAUGGAGAUAAUGAAUAUUGUGGCUAGAUGGCCAGGAUCUGUGCAUGAUAGCACUGUAUUUGACAACAGUUUACUGCGUGCCCAGUUCGAAAACAAUGAGUUUGAAGGAUGUUUUCUUCUGGGUGAUGGUGGUUAUCCAUGCAGGAGUUACUGAAUCCCACUACUAACUCCGAAAAAAAUUAUCAACCCAAAUAGGUACGAGGAAUGUCAUUUAACGUGUUUUUGGAGUUUUAAAACGACGAUUUCCUGUCUUAUCUGUUGGCAUUCGCACUCAACCAAGGACAGCUUUGACAACAAUUGUUGCUACUGCAGUUUUGUAUAAUAUUUUACUAAAACAAAAUGAUGAAAUACCAUUAAAUGAACAGCAAUUAGACAAUAAUUUAUUAGAAGAACUACCAGCUUUGCCAGUAAGACAGAUUGGAAAUGUUGUAAGAAACAAUGUAAUAGAAACUUAUUUUUCUUAACCACAAAAUAAAUGAAUAAAAUAAAC